GUCCAUCUGCAGCUCUUACUGCGUCCCCGACGCCCUACCAUACCACUGUGUCAUCCCUCUUGAUUGACGCAGCUUCUCCAAUCUUCCAGGGUCAUGCAUUGAGCUGCAGUAACCCAGUGAAUGCUCUUUCUACUACCCUCUCCAUUGAACGCGUCCCUUUAAGUGUUACCAUAUUCGCUACGCCUCUCUUUUCCUGGCUCGACCCCCCGCGUCCCCGUGAAACAUGGAAGAAGGCGCGUCUUCUCGUCCGACAGAUACCCCCGAAGGCUCUGCCGGCGGUGAUGAUCACAAUGCCGCCUCGAGUGCCGCGAAGAACCCGGCCUUGAAGGAUCGGAAGUGCCAGUAUUGCCAUCAAGCGUUCACCUCUUCGUCCCUCGGUCGCCAUCUGGAUCAGUUCCUUUUCAAGAAGAAACCAGACGGUAUUCAUGAUGUCGAGGAAAUCCGGCGCAUUCGGAGCGGUAUCACUCGCCGACAGGCCCGUACCUCGUCUGGCAGACGCGAUACUCCCGAGAGAACAACAGGAAAAGGCCAGCAGGACUCCUACACGCCUGGCGAUUCGGGGUCAAAGUCACGCGAUGGCGCGUAUAGGAUGAUGUUCAACACGCCUACGUGGCAUGCGACCGGUGUGAUCAAUGAUAUUCCCAAUCCUAGCCAGUCACAGGAUACUAGCUCGUCUCAUUCGCGCAUUGCGCCCUCGCAAUCACGCACUGGGCCGCUCCCUUUUCCGGAUAGAGGUGGCUCGAAUAACCCGGAUACUAUGAGGGCAUUGGAGCUGGCUCUGCGCGAAGUCCUGGAUAAUAUCAAGGCUGCAACUUCCAGAAUGCGUCCCAGACUCUCCCCGUUCGAUUUCGACAUCCAGGCGCAAACCUUCCCUUCCCUCUGUCUGCAGUUGCUGCCUCCCCCUCCUAGUCUAUUCGCAGCAAGCCCGUUCCCGUCUCCGUCAUCAUUCCCACUCCAGCCGCCGGGAGUGGAACAUCUGGACAUUGUCCGGCAAGCGCUUCGCGCGAAGAUUGAUCAAUGGCAGUCGGAUCAGCGCACGGCCGAGUCCAACAACAACUCUCAAUCAGGGAGACCAAGCUUAGGUCUAGACUCAAGUAUGAUCAGCCGGAGCGCGCAGCAGCAUGAAGACCUAAGUCUGCGGCACUUGGAGCUGGCAUUCAAGCAUUGGGCCUCACUGCCGACAGAUGCAAGGAGAGACGCAUGGCAGCUCGAGAUCACGCGCGCAUUCGCAAGGGAAAUGGAAAAACGAAAGUCGCUAGAUGACCAGCUCGCGCGCGUCCAACAGGAGGCAAACCAACUUCGUGCCCAGGUAGAAAGACUAGGCUCCUGCCAAUGGCCCAGGGAAUUCGCGAUCUUCCCCCCGGACACGCUCCCGCUCCCACGAGACGUCGCCCGAGAACUUGACACUAAGGAGAGCCAAAUCAGCCCUACGGCCUCUCGCUGGGACUACGACAAUGUGGUUGCGAAAUGGAAACGAGUCGUCAUGCACGACAGAGGCAUGGGCCGCGUCGGAAUUGGCUACGCCAACAGCAUGCAGGAUGAAUAUCGCAGCGCAGAACCCAGACACCCACCCACCACCACCGCACCCGCAACCACCAGCGAUGACCCUACCCGCUCUAGGAUGUUGAACCCCCCCUCGGCACUGAGCCCCGGCCCUUCCCCCUCAAACACAAGUGGUGGACCCUCCGCGCCUCCAAGCCAGCAGACCUCGCCCUAUAUGCACCAACAUGACAGCACCCGGAGUCCCGAUGAGGGCCCGCAAGCUAAACGGCCUCGCCUGAUGAACGGCCACCACAUCGAGAACCCUCCGCACGCUCCUGACGGCGCACCUGCUCCUACUGGCCCUACUUCCUCCUCUACUACUGCUACCACGACAACGGCUACAAACCAGGGACCCGCUCCCGCUCCUCCCUCCACUACUUCCUGGACUAGCACUAGUGCUCAACCAUCCGGUAUACCCUCAAACCCGGCCAACCCUGCAGGUCCCACGCCUCCGCCGUCUUGCUCCGGGUAAGAACUGUCAUUGGGGUCCAACUGGACAUAUCACAUCCUCUUUGGAGUCAGCUCCAGAGUAUGAGUAUAGCCCGUAAACAAAGAGGAGCGAGUACCGCCAUGUGUGCGCGUGUUCAUUCGAUCAAAUGUGUCGCUGUUACAUACGAUCUUGGAGAUCUACCAAGCUAGCUACCAAGGGCUCCAAUUUAUUUGUGAAGAUUGGUAUUGAACAACAAUACAAACUUAUGUUCCAUACAAGCUUUUGGGAGGAGAGAGAGAGGGAAAGAGAAAGAGAGAGAGGCCCUACCGUACACUCUCUGCUGGAUGUAAAUAUCCAAAAUGGCAUCACCGCUGCAUGUUCACUUUUCUCCAUCUAUUGCAAAAAG